AUGGCAACUCAAGAAGGUGCCACGAGUGGGCGCCGCGAUGAGUUCCCAGCAGCGCUCAAAGGAAAGCGUAUUCUCCUGGCUACUGAAUCCCUCGGUCCUGUCAAUGGCGUCAGCAGAACAACGGGUAUGCUGAUCGAAUACCUCAGAGCCAACGGCGUCGAUCUUGCAGUUGUCGCUCCUCGCUACGAAGUCAAAGAUCAGUCACAAUCAAAGCCAACAGCACCGUCGCAUUCUCGUUCAGGAUCUGAAGUGCGAUUACACGGUUAUCCAUUACCGUAUAAUCCCGAUUUGACUGUUGUAUACCCUUUCCGUUUUGACCGCGUCUGCAAUCGUACGUUUCAACCCGAUAUUGUGUAUCUCGCAAGCCCAGCCUCCGUGGGCUACCAAUUCCUCUGGCAAAUCCGCCAAUUACAAAAACCACCUGUGGUGCUACUCAAUUACCAGACAGACCUAGCGGCUUAUUCUUCUAUCCUGCUCCCAGGUGCGAUGGGCCGCUUCGGGACGUGGUUGGUGAAUCGAGUACAGGGCUUCCUAUUCAACCAUCCCUCAGUCGAGACUAUCUUUUAUCCCUGCUCGGAUGUCCGAUCUUACCUAGAAGAAGCUGGAGCGCCUUCUAACCGUUUGGUCCAGCUUGGUCGAGGAGUUGACACAGUUGCGUUCAAUCCUAGACACCGUGACGAAGCCUAUCGACGGAGACUCGCUCCAAACGGCGAAAUUAUCCUGGCGUACACAUGUCGUCUAGCGCCUGAGAAAGGGUUUGAAUUCUUGGCCGAUGUCGCCGUUCGACUAGCAAAGGAGGGUCUCGCUUACAAGCUGCUGAUCGUGGGUGGAAACAGGAAUCCAGCUGUCGAAGCCGAUGUACGAAAUCUCUUCGAACCUGUCCGAGAUCGUGUCAUCUUUACCGGUUUCCUCGGCGGCGAAAAUUUAGCACGAGCCUAUGCAGCAGCAGACUUAUUCCUGCACUGCUCGAUUACUGAGACAUUUGGGCUAGUUGUUCUAGAAUCGAUGGCCAGUGGUGUUCCCGUCAUAGCACGCAACCAAGGAGGUCCGUCAGAUAUUGUCAAGCAUGGAAAGACAGGAUAUCUAGUUGCGCCAGAUGAUCUUGGUGAAUUUGUUCGAUUGACCCUAGAGGUGUCACGGGACUCGGAUCUCCGUCAGAACCUGGCGGUCAAUGCUCGAGCGUUUGCCGAUGAAACUACUUGGGAGAAGAUCAAUCGCCGGGUGGCCUGGCACAUUUUGGAUGGGUUAGAUAAUCAUUCUCGACGAAUCGAAAUGAAACGAGCGCAACGCCCUAUUCGCAAUUGGAUUUCCACACAGUAUUCUGAAUUCGAAACUCAUUUUUGGUGGCCCUUGAUUGAGCAGCUGCGCGUGAAUGCCGCUAUUGCAUUUGUCUUUUUUAUGUGGAUGAUCGCCGUGAUACCGCUGAUUCUGCACGGGAGCCGGAUGUUCCAUUUUGUUCAAACUAUACCCCUCAUGUUUCAGCAGGCGCAGAGUAAUCGUUUAUUGCGGUGA